AAUCAUGUACCGGAAAACUGCGAGCCAGGAAGCCAUUAGGGGAGAAGCAGGAUGAGAGUACAGGGCGAGGGGGCAGAGGCAGCAGCAGGAGGCAGAAGGUUGUGCUGUUGGUGUGGUGUGACCUCAAGUGUCCGCCACAGGUGUCCGAGUGGGCGUGGCGCUGGAGAGGAAGAACAUUGAAGAGGAGGAAGAGGAAGAAGACGGCUGCAUGCUAUCUUCCCUUCCUACACUAUCCUUAUUUCUUGCCUGGGAAAUUGAAAUCUUUGUCUAUCUCUGUUUCCUCCUCCUCCUUUCUACUCCAUCUUUACCUUAAUUUAUUCAUUUCUCCCUUCUUCUUCACUAUCUUCAUAUUUCUAACUGGGAACAUUUAAUCUAUCUUUACUAUCUCCACCUUAUCUCUCUCCUGAAUAACGUUGAAGAAGAAGAAGACAUCCUAUAUACCUUCCUUCUACACUAUCUUCAUCUUAUUUCUUACUUGGGAAACUGAAAUAUCUCUCUUUAUCUCCCUCCUCCCUUCUUCUCUGUCUCCACAUUAUCUCUCACUGGGAAUUUGGAAUUAUCUCUCUCCUCACCUCCCUCCUACACCAUCUUCUUCCCUCCCUCCUUCAUCCCUCACUAUCUUAAUAAUCUCUCUCUUUCCUCCACCCUACACCAUCUUCCCUUCCUCGAUCCUUCACUAUCUUAUCUCUCCUCUCCUCUUUCCUACACCAUCUUCUUUCCUCCCUCCUUCUCUCUCAUCUUAUCUAUAUCUCUCUUGUUAUCUCCAUCUCCCUCGUCUUAUCUCCAAGCCGCCAGCAUGUCUGAGGGCGAGGCAGCAUCCAGCAUGGCACCCACUGAGCAGAAGAAUUACCUGGGCUUUGAUUUUAGCACACAGCAGGUGAAGGCCAUUGUGGUGAGUGACAGCCUGGAGGUGCUGCAGGAGGCUGCUGUGCAGUUUGACAAUGACUUGCCUGAGUACAGGACCCAUGGAGGGGUGCACGUGCGGGGGGAUGACGGCUGCUCCGUCACAGCUCCUACAGUCAUGUGGGUGAAGGCCCUGGACAUGCUCAUGGACAAGCUGAGAGUGGCCGGGGCAGACUUCUCAACCAUCGCCGCCGUCUCUGGGUCAGGACAGCAACAUGGAAGCAUCUACUGGCGGAAAGGAGCCUCCAAGACCCUGGAGGGGCUGCAGCCAGAGCGCUUCCUCCAUGAGCAGCUGGCCCUGGCCUUCAGUGUUACCGACAGCCCCAUCUGGAUGGACUCCUCCACCUCAGAGCAGUGCAGGAUGCUGGAGGAAGCCGUGGGAGGACCGCAGAAACUCGCCGAGAUCACCGGCUCCAGGGCUUACGAGAGGUUCACCGGGCCACAGAUUGCCAAGAUAUAUCAGAAACGCAAGGAGGCCUACAACAACACAGAGAGGAUCUCCCUGGUGAGCAGCUUUGGCUGUUCCCUCUUCCUGGGCGCCUACGCUCCCAUCGAUCUUGCAGAUGGCUCAGGGAUGAAUCUGCUGGACCUGAAGACCAAGACCUGGCACCAGCCAUUACUUGAUGCUUGUGCUCCAGGCCUUGCCGAGAAACUGGGGACUCCCGUAGCCGCUGCAGAACAAGUUGGGAAGGUGGCAGACUACUUCAUUGACCGGUAUGGCUUCAGCCCCGAGUGUGCGGUCGUGGCCUUCACUGGAGACAACCCGGCCUCCCUCGCUGGCAUGUGUGUGGGGCAAGGUGAUGUUGUGGUGAGUCUUGGCACCAGCGACACCCUCUUCCUGUGGCCCGACACCCCGCCCACCCCUCAGACGACAGGCCACGUGUUCAUCAACCCCGUGGACAGCACUUCUUACAUGGCCCUCCUGUGCUUCAAGAACGGCUCACUCACGAGGGAGAAAAUCCGGGACGAGUGUGCUGAUGGGACCUGGGACAUCUUCAACGAACUGCUGGAAAUGACGCCUCGAGGGAACUUUGGAAAUAUGGGGAUGUACUACCACCUCAAGGAGAUCACCCCAGAGCUUGAGGGAGUGUUUAGGUUCAACAAGGCGGGCGAGGCAGCUGGAAGGUUUGCCAGCAAGGAGGUAGAGGUACGCGCCGUGGUGGAGGCUCAGUUCCUGGCCAAGAGGGUGUAUGCAGAGAAGCUUGGAUACAGUGUUGGAGGAAAAGGACGGCGAGUACUGGCAACAGGAGGCGCCUCAGGGAACACCUCCCUCCUGCAGGUGUUGGCGGACGUGUUCAACUGCCCCGUGUACACCAUGGAGGUGGCCAACUCUGCAUGUCUGGGCAGCGCUUACCGAGGCAAACACUCCCUUGUGGGCGGCCAGUACCUGGAGGCCGUCAAGAGCCAGUCCUUCCGCCUGGCAUGCCAUCCCAAUGGUGACGCCCACCAGGUGUACACGCCAAUGGUGAAGCGCUUCCAGUCCCUCGAGGCAGCCAUCCUUGCAAACAAGAAGUAGCAGUUCCAAGAGAUUCCAAAGCUUAGAGACAAACACAGGGCCGAGUGCAGUCUAAUUUAGGUUGUGACCUGGUGUUGGUUAGGAUAAGGCUUGAAUUUGAUAUGGUAGCUAAGAGUUGUGCAUAAUAGACCAUAUUCCAUACACAGGCAGUGCUACUCCCAGUCAUCUAGACCUUCCAGGCUGGGUCAGUGCAGUGAAAGUUUACUCAUCUGGUUUUGCUUUAAUACUCAGUUACAGCCUUGUUUUGAGAGGACUUGUGAGUCCUCUAACAGUGAAGUGAUCAAGCGAACUGGUGUGGAUUAUGGUCUAUUUGCACUUGUGGUCGAGGGCUGAAGUCACAGGAUCUUUAGAGUUUAUUGUUCCAUAUGCAUAAGUCAGCAAAGCUUUAUCAGCAUUACUUGCUAAUGUUUGUUGCCUUACUGCUUUAUAUCAGUUACUUGGCCAGAGAAUACUCUUGGUCACUUGCGCAGUUAUUUCCUCAGGUUAAAUCCGCACAAAGCACAAAGUGCCUCUAAACCAGAUUAUUAACUCUAUGAAUAUUUUAUCUAUGUCUAUGGUGCUGCUAGUAUUAGUGUUUCAUUAGGGCUGUGUCACUUGUUAUUAUCACUGGUGCCUGACACUAAAUGGCCCUAAUCUUUUCCAGUAGGUUAAGAAAGAACUUUGAAGUUUGCUGCACUUUAUUAUAUUUUCAUACAAUUUAGGAUUUACAAAGGUCGCUUGUUGUUUAAAGGUUAGGUAGUCAGUCUCCCCAACACAGCUUCCUUUCUAUUCACCUCAGGAGGGUCGAGUGACAGUGUUCUUGCAUUCCAACCUUUUUUUUCAAGUGGCUGUGCUGUAGCCCAUGACUUACCUUCAGAAAUGACCUUCCAUUGCCUCUUGGGGAUGUCACUUGGGAAAACAUUGUGGCCGUCAGCUAAGACCUGAAAGAGGUGAAGGAAAGGUAGUAUGUCAUCACUGUGAGCGCUGUAUAUGUUUUAGCACUUCAUUUAUAACCUUAAAGUUUAGGAAAUACAAGACAUUCUCUAUUAUGGCAGCAGAGACAACCUCAUGGUACUAUGCGUAACACUUUCAACACAGCCAAGAUUUAGCUACCAGAGGACAAUAAUGCAGGCCUUAGGAAUGAGAGGGGUAGCAGUGCUUUACUUGUGCCUCUGUAGUUUUGCUUCCACUAAUUUUACCAGAUCUGAUAUUUUUCUAGGCAAUACACCUUGCUAUACAUUUACUUGUGAUUGGGCAGAUACACCACAUUACAGUGUUCUCCCAACCAAGUAUUUUGUGGCACGGUCCUUUACUGCUGCUAAGAAAAAUAAGACUUGGUAAAAUUAGUGUAAGAAGCAGGAUUUCAACAAAGACAAGUUAAGUAGUGCCGCCCCUCUCGUCCCUGUAGACCUCCAUUCUUCUCAGACUGUCAAAUCUCUGCCUUGUGUCAUGUACAGUAGCAUUGGGGGUUGCCUUCACUGGUGCAGUGGAGGAUGUUUUGCAUAUCCUAAACUGAAAAGGUAUAGCAGGGGAGGUCUCUCUCUCUCUCUCUCUCUCUCUCACACACACACACACACACACACACCACAUCACAUCACACCCAGCCACAGCACACAGGACCCACAGGAUGUCACCCCACAGUAUGUUUAUAAACCCCACAGACAUACCCCCCAGUCACAUAAAUAGUCUCUCUCUCUCAACCUCUCAUGUAAUAUAACAGGCUUCAGCAUAAAGAUUAAUCAUUCAUAGCAAUUUUCUUAAGAUGACAAACCACAACAAACUGCUAUGAGCCUGUUUUCUUUUAGGGUAGAUUAAUUCUAGCAAGAUGUUUAGAUGCAUCACCAGCCUGAAGAGGUUAGGAACAAAAUGUACUCCAGGGCAGCUGGUGACUAGGUAGAGGGGGGUAUGCUGUACAGUGAUACACGGCCACUCUUUAUGCACGCUACACAAACUGAGGGUGUGUAAGGUGAGAGCUGAGGGACAUUUUCACUGAGCUGGUUGAUGGCCAGCAUAAAGCACUGGGGCAAGUGUGCAAAAAGAAUGUGCAGUUUUGUACUUGAAUAUAAUUGAUCAAUAAAAUACACCUAACCAA